UAGGACAACCCACUCCCCGCCCCUCGGGGCCGCUCGGCGCCCAGGGUGCCAGCACCCGCCUUCCGGGGCGGAGUUUCCGGUCUGAGCCACGUGGGGGGCGGGCCCCCGGGCCGCAACCCGGAGGAGGUGCAGAGGGCCUGACCGGUUCCCGUAAACUAGAAGAGCCAAAGUGUCUCUGGACUUAGGUGUGGAAAGAGCUGGCUGUGAUCUCUGCCCCUUCCUGGGCUGAAUGGCAGCCCCCAGCUUGAGCCGUUUGGCGCUUACCCACACGCUGGUGGCCCUCUUUGGCAUGGGCUCCUGGGCUGCUGUCAACGGGAUCUGGGUAGAGCUGCCUGUGGUGGUAAAAGACCUUCCGGAAGGUUGGAGCCUACCGGCGUACCUCUCUGUGUGUGUGGCGCUGGGGAACCUGGGUCUGCUGGUGGUUACUCUGUGGAGGCGGCUGGCCCUGAGCAAGGGCGAGCGGGUCCCCAUCCAGGUGGUGCAGGUGCUGAGUGUGGUGGCCACAGCCCUGCUGGCUCCUCUGUGGUGCCACAUGGCCCCAGUGGCAGGGCAGCUCCACUCUGUGGCCUUCCUAGCCCUGGCCUUAGUGUUGGCGCUGGCCUGCUGCGCCUCUAAUGUCACUUUCCUGCCCUUCCUGAGCCACCUGCCACCUCCUUUCUUACGCUCUUUCUUCCUGGGUCAGGGCCUCAGCGCCCUGCUGCCCUGUAUGCUGGCCCUUGUGCAGGGUGUAGGCCGCCUCGAGUGCCCAGCAGCCCCCACCAAUGGCACUCCUGGUCCCCCCCUCAAUGUCCCUGAGCAUUUUUCUGCCAGCACCUUCUUCUGGGCACUUACUGCCCUUCUGGUUACUUCAGCUGCCGCUUUCCAGGGUCUCCUGCUGCUGUUGCCAUCACCAACAUCUGUACCCACAGGAGGCCCAAGGCCUGGCCUGCAGGUGGGAGCCUCAGGCGUGGAGGAAGAAGAAGAGAAAGAAGCCUCAUUGUUGCAGGAGUCACCAAGCCAGGUGGCUAACGCCACCUCCAGCCCAGACCCUGAGGCCUGUCGGCUGCUCUCGGCCCAUAGUGCCUACCUGCUGGGCCUACUGGCCAUCACCAAUGCACUGACCAAUGGCGUGCUGCCUGCGAUCCAGAGCUUUUCCUCUUUGCCCUAUGGGCGCCUGGCUUACCACCUGGCUGUGGUUCUGGGCAGUGCCUCCAACCCCCUUGCCUGCUUCCUAGCCAUGGGUGUGCUAUGCAGGUCUCUGGCUGGGCUGAGCAGUCUCUCUCUGCUGGGUAUACUGUUUGGAGCCUACCUGAUGGCGCUGGCAAUCCUGAGCCCCUGCCCGCCCCUGGUGGGCACCUCUGCAGGGGUGAUCCUUGUGGUGCUGUCAUGGGUACUGUGUCUGGGCACGUUCUCCUAUGUGAAGGUGGCAGUCAGCUCUCUGCUGCACAGUGGGGGCCAGCCAGCAUUGCUGGCAGCUGGUGUGGCCAUCCAGGUGGGCUCCCUGUUCGGCGCUGUUGCCAUGUUCCCUCCUACCAGCAUCUACCACGUGUUCCGCAGUGGAAAGGACUGUGAGGACCCCUGUGGCCCCUGAACCUGGGCAGGAGGGACCCUCACUCCACUUCUGUCUUCACCUCGAGGCUGCCACAGACCUGAGUGACUGUGCCCAGGGUAGCCCCACCUGGCACCCUCAAGGACACCUGCAUGCACACUCCUCAGGAGACCCUGCAAGGAACAGGCUGGAGCCUGGGUUGGGCUGGGGCUGGGGUUAAGCUCCGGGCUGGGAUUUACACAGUAAAAAACUCUUACUCAAUGA